CCUGGGAGCGCCGCGUGUGUUUUUCCUAUCGCAGGGCACACUUUUGCCAGGCUUUGCUUUCUUUUAACCCUUUGGGGGGGCAGAGAAAGGAGCUCACAGCCUGCCUUUCUGCCUCUCUCCUCCUCCUCCUCCUCUCCUUCACACACACUUGUUGCUUCUCCUUUUGCCUGGGGAGGGGGUGGGGAACAAACCAUCUCCGCUCUGCUUGGACUUCGGUCAAUGGCUAAAGAAUGGAUCUGCCGCCCGCCGGAUGCAGCCUGAGGAGGGAGAGUCGGCGGCUGGGAUCGGAGGAGCCGCAGGGUGCCCUGCGCUGCAUCCAGCUGGGGAUGUGAGCCGGAGCUGGGACUGCGUGGGAGCCCUCGGAGCAGGCAGGAGCUCUCCAGUUGCUGUGGUAUCCAGGGAGCCCUCCUCCUUCUGCGGGAGAUGCACGCUGGUCGUUGCUAAGGUCGCCUCCGCGGUAACAUGCACAUCCUGUUUACACCUUCAUCCGGAGAAGUUGGGCUCGGUUAGAGGCACCACUUCACCCGGGCAGCCCCCCAGGGAAGGGGUCACACCGAGCAUCCCCUCACCGGAGCCUUCGAGGAAGGCGCUGCAAGAGCCUCCGGCUGCCGGCGGCGCCGCUGAGCCGGCAGGAUGACGAACAACGUGGCCGACCACCACCCUGCCAACUCGGUUGCUGAAGGCAACCAUGAAGGGGACUUUGGGUGCUCCAUGGUGGAGCUCAGGAACCUGAUGGAGCUGAGGAGCGCCGAGGCGGUCUCCCGGCUCAAUGACUCCUACGGCGGCGUGCAGAGCGUCUGCAAGAGGUUGAAGACAUCACCGGUGGAAGGCCUGUCUGGGAACCCAACUGACCUGGAGAAGAGGCGACAGGUCUUUGGGCAGAACUUCAUCCCUCCCAAAAAGUCCAAGACGUUCCUGCAGCUGGUGUGGGAAGCACUGCAGGAUGUCACUCUGAUCAUCUUGGAAAUAGCAGCCAUAAUCUCCUUGGGCCUGUCCUUCUACCACCCCCCAGGGGGUGACAAUGAAUUGUGUGGCCAGUCCACGGGUGGCGUGGAGGACGAGGGUGAGUCGCAGGCUGGCUGGAUCGAGGGGGCAGCUAUCCUCUUCUCGGUGAUCAUCGUGGUGCUGGUGACAGCCUUCAACGACUGGAGCAAGGAGAAGCAGUUCCGGGGGCUGCAGAGCCGCAUCGAGCAGGAGCAGAAGUUCACUGUCAUCCGCAAGGGGCAGGUGAUCCAGAUCCCCGUGGCCGAGAUCGUGGUGGGAGACAUCGCCCAGAUCAAGUACGGUGACCUCUUGCCAGCAGAUGGGAUCCUGAUCCAGGGCAAUGACCUGAAGAUAGAUGAGAGCUCACUGACUGGGGAGUCCGACCAGGUCAAGAAGUCACUGGACAAAGACCCCAUGCUGCUGUCGGGUACCCACGUGAUGGAGGGCUCUGGCAGGAUGGUGGUGACUGCUGUGGGUAUCAACUCCCAGACUGGAAUCAUCUUCACUCUCUUGGGUGCAGGAGAAGGAGAUGAGGAGAAGAAGGUGAAGAAAGGUAAAAAAGGUGGAGCCCCCGAAAAUCGCAACAAAGCUAAAACUCAGGAUGGUGUGGCCUUAGAGAUCCAACCCCUGAAGAGCCAGGAAGGGGUGGAAAACGAGGAGAAGGAGAAGAAGAAGGUGAAGGUGCCAAAGAAGGAGAAGUCUGUGCUGCAAGGGAAGCUCACCCGCCUGGCAGUCCAGAUCGGGAAGGCAGGGCUGAUCAUGUCAGCCAUCACCGUCAUCAUCUUGGUGCUGUACUUCGUGAUCGACACGUUCGGGGUGCAGGGCCGGCCCUGGCUGGCAGAGUGCACCCCCAUUUACAUCCAGUACUUCGUCAAGUUCUUCAUCAUCGGCGUCACCGUCCUGGUGGUGGCUGUGCCCGAGGGGCUGCCGCUGGCGGUCACCAUCUCCCUGGCGUACUCGGUGAAGAAAAUGAUGAAGGACAACAACCUGGUGAGGCACUUGGACGCCUGCGAGACCAUGGGCAACGCCACUGCCAUCUGCUCCGACAAGACUGGCACCCUCACCAUGAACCGCAUGACCGUGGUGCAGGCUUACGUGGGGGACACUCACUACCGCCAGAUCCCCGACCCCGAAGCCAUCCUGCCCAAGGUGCUGGACCUCAUCGUCAACGGCGUCGCCAUCAACUCUGCCUACACCUCCAAGAUCCUGCCCCCCGAGAAGGAAGGAGGCCUUCCCCGGCAGGUUGGGAACAAGACUGAGUGUGCCCUGCUGGGCUUUGUGCUGGACCUGAAGCAGGAUUACCAGGCUGUGAGGAACGAGGUGCCAGAGGAGAAGCUCUACAAGGUCUACACCUUCAACUCCGUGCGCAAGUCCAUGAGCACCGUGCUGAGGAACGGCGGCGGCGGCUUCCGCAUGUACAGCAAGGGAGCCUCCGAGAUCAUCCUCCGCAAGUGCACCAAGAUCCUGGACAAGAACGGCGACCCCAGGGUGUUCAAGGUGAAGGACAGGGACGAGAUGGUGAAGAAGGUGAUAGAGCCUAUGGCCUGCCACGGGCUCAGGACCAUCUGCUUGGCCUUCCGCGACUUCCCCGCCGACGCCGAGCCCGACUGGGACAGCGAGAACGAGAUCCUGUCCGACCUGACCUGCAUCGCCGUGGUGGGCAUCGAGGACCCUGUGCGGCCAGAGGUGCCAGAUGCCAUCCUGAAGUGCCAACGUGCCGGGAUCACCGUCCGGAUGGUGACAGGGGACAACAUCAACACUGCCCGUGCCAUUGCCACCAAGUGUGGCAUCCUGCUGCCAGGGGAGGACUUCCUGUGCCUGGAGGGGAAGGAGUUCAACCGCCUCAUUCGCAACGAGAAGGGAGAGGUGGAACAGGAGCAGCUGGAUAAGAUCUGGCCCAAGCUGCGUGUGCUGGCUCGCUCCUCCCCGACAGAUAAGCACACCCUGGUGAAAGGAAUCAUCGACAGCACCGUUGGUGACCAGAGGCAGGUGGUGGCUGUGACUGGGGAUGGGACCAACGAUGGCCCAGCUUUGAAGAAAGCUGACGUUGGGUUUGCCAUGGGCAUUGCAGGCACAGAUGUGGCAAAGGAGGCCUCAGACAUCAUCCUGACAGACGACAACUUCACCAGCAUCGUCAAGGCAGUGAUGUGGGGCCGCAAUGUCUACGACAGCAUCUCCAAGUUCCUGCAGUUCCAGCUGACUGUCAACGUUGUGGCAGUCAUUGUGGCCUUCACAGGGGCCUGCAUCACACAGGACUCCCCUCUGAAGGCUGUCCAGAUGCUGUGGGUGAACCUGAUCAUGGACACCUUUGCCUCUUUAGCCCUGGCCACGGAGCCUCCCUCCGAGUCGCUGCUGCUCCGCAAGCCCUACGGCCGCAACAAGCCUCUCAUCUCCCGCACCAUGAUGAAGAACAUCCUGGGCCAUGCUGUUUACCAGCUCACCAUCAUCUUCACACUGCUGUUUGCAGGGGAGAAGUUCUUCGACAUCGACAGCGGCCGCAACGCUCCGCUGCACUCGCCGCCCACCGAGCACUACACCAUCGUCUUCAACACCUUCGUCAUGAUGCAGCUCUUCAACGAGAUCAAUGCCCGCAAGAUCCACGGCGAGAGGAACGUCUUUGAGGCCAUCUACCGCAACCCCAUCUUCUGCACCGUGGUGCUGGGCACCUUCGCCGCCCAGAUCAUCAUUGUGGAGUUUGGUGGGAAGCCAUUCAGCUGCUCUGGGCUCACCCUGAGCCAGUGGUUCUGGUGCAUUUUUAUUGGAGUGGGAGAGCUCCUCUGGGGCCAGCUGAUCUGCACUGUCCCAACCAGCCACCUGAAGUUCCUGAAGGAAGCUGGGCAUGGCAUCACCAAGGAGGAGAUCCCAGAGGAGGAGCUGCCUGAAGACGUGGACGAGAUCGACCACGCCGAGAUGGAGCUGCGGCGUGGGCAGAUCCUGUGGUUCAGGGGUCUCAACAGGAUACAGACACAGAUCAAAGUGGUGAAUGCGUUCCGUAGCUCCUUGUACGAAGGCCUCGAGAAACCCGAAUCCAGAAGCUCCAUCCAUAACUUCAUGACUCACCCAGAGUUCAUCCUGGAGGAAGAUGAGCCUCGAACACCAUUCCUUGACGGCGCCGAAGACGACCCCGAGCCUGACGGACUCCAAAAGCCAAGAGGGGGCAGCCUGGGUGGAUCCACAGCCCUCAACAGAAACAACAACGCAGUGGACAGGCAGCAAGCUGAGCUCACCGGCCUGGAGCCUGCAAGCCUCUUACACAGCUUGGAGACAUCAGUUUGACCUUGCAAACUUUGAAACUCCCUCCUCCUCCUUUUCUCCUUCCUCCUCCACCACCUCCUCCACCCUGUGUGAUGCUGGCACCAGUAACUGAUCACAACCCCCUGUGGUCACCUCCUGUCAGACUGCUCAUCCUUAUAUCAUGUGGGGGUUUGGGGUUUUUUGGGGGGGAGAGGGGGAUUUGAGGGUUUGUUUUUUGGGGGGGGGGAGGGUUUUUUUGUUGUUGUUUGGGUUUGUGUUGGGGUCUUUUUUUCCCACCCCCCCCCCAACCCCGAUUUAGCAGUGGGAAGCAGAGUGCCACGAUGCUGGGUGGUGGGAGAAGAGGCUAAGCCAAAACCAACCCCUUGUGCAUCUCCAUCCUUUUUCUUUGCAGUGGUACUCACCCAAGUUGAAGCAGCCAAAAUUGUUUCCUCUCCCAGAGGUGUUUUGGGGUUGGUUUGGUUUUUUUUUUGGGGGGGGGAGGGAGGGAGGAGGGAGGGGACCUUUGUGAGGGAGGGGUUUUCACUUUUGCAUGUUUCCAAAGGAGUUGAAGUUGUUGUAGUCUUAACCUGCACUGCUCUCAUCCCCCGAGGGCUGGGCUGCACUUGUGACAUGAGUUGUUGGCUUCCUUGUUUUCCCUUUUUGUCCACUUGUUGUUGUUGGUUUAGUUUCUGGGGGGCGUGGGGGGGGGAGGUGGUUUUGGUUUGGUUUCUCUUUUUUUCUUUAAAGGGUUUUCUUCUACCCUUGGGCUUUGUUCUUUGCUUAGGGGAGGGGGAUUUUUACCCUUCCCACCCCCACCCCCAGUGACUUCACAGUCUCAAAAGUGCAAACAGGCUGCAAAUAAAGCCCAGCCCAGGGGGGAAGGUGUUUACUCAGAGGUUGCUACGUAGAGGAAUGUACACCAGUCUUCCACCUUGAAAUAUGGUACCUAAGCCUUGACAGUUCCUCCUCCAUGUGUGCACACACACACACACUCCCUCCUCUCUCUGUUUCCAGUCCUUGGUAGACAAGGAAUGAAGGGGACUUGGUUGGAACCUUGCUGGAUAGAAAAGAUGUGGAAUGAUUAACUGGUUUGUGUUCUUUUUCCCUCCCUCACUCCUCCAAAGCAAGGUGGAGGUGAACUGGCAGUGGAAGAAGGGUUGUGGGAAUCAAAACCCCAUGGCUGGGAGAAACUGAGCUCCUUCCUGGGAAAGUCAUUAAGAGAUGAAUCACUUCUGCUCUUGACCAGCUCUGGAACUUUUGGUGAGGUGUUUCAUGCUUUCUGCCAGCAAGAGCACAGAGACAUUUCCUUUUUGUUUUUUGCCUCUUCUGGCUUGUUGGGUUAAAUUAAUCCUUCAGCCUCGGAGUGGAUUGCUGAGGAAGCCCAGAGGAUGCUCCAGCCCUGCCCAUCGGCGCUGCCAAAGCCUGAGCAGGCUGAAAGGAGAAGAAGCAUUGGGUUGUGGAGAGUGGAGUCAACUCCUAGACGGUGGAAGGGGAGGAACCAGGUUGUGUCUUUAGCCAGUGGCAGAAAGGGAGGACCCUUGGGAGGACCUUUGGUUUCCAUGGCACUUCUGCUGCUGACUUGCCAGCGGAGGCAGCAGCUCGGUUGGUUGGCUGCAGGUCUUCCUCAGAAGGUGCUGCACAGAGGCUUUGCCUCACUUGCUACUUCCUUGAAGGUUUCCUCUCUUCAGCCUGUGUCCUGCCUCACCUCCAUCUCUUGUAAUAACCAUUUGGUGAGAGUC